AUGUCGCAAUCGAAAAAUACAUGCAGUAUCUGUUUAAGUGAAUGUAUGAAACCACGAACUUUAGAAUGUAGUCAUAAAUUUUGUGAAGAAUGUGUAACUGAUUAUGAAAAGCAAUUCAAAGACGAGGAAUGUUUCCCAUGUCCAAUGUGUAGGAUGGAUAUUAAUGUUAAAGGCGAGGCGACAGAGACAACUGAAAGUGAAAGUAGGCUUACAUCAGUAAAAGAAUAUUGUCAUGCUCAUGACGACGUUGUAGAAAACUACUGUUUAGAUUGUAAGCAAUUAGUUUGUCAUCGAUGCUGCCUGACAACCCACAAACCACACAAGAUGGCGACUCUUGAAGAAAGAUAUCCAGAAUGUAUGGAAGAAUUUCAGUCUGCAAAAGAAGAUCUUGAGAAACAAUUGCCCCGAUUUAAUCUGUAUUCACAGCAAGUCAAGGUGAAAAUACGAGAAAUUCGAAAGUCCGGGGAUGAAGCCUGUCAAGACGUCGAUGAUCGUAUCCAAGAUUUGACUCGUGCUCUAGUGCAAGUCGGCGAGGAUCUGAAAUCUGAAAUUUGGCAGAAUUGUCUCGGUGAAGAGACCAAAAUGAAUGAUCGGCUUAGCCAGUCAACUAAUGGUACCCAAACAAUUUUAGCAAAUCUUAAAUAUGCAGAUGAUGUAAAAGAUAAACCCCUUUCUGAAAUUGAGCAUUUUAAAUCAGUUCUACUAGGUAAUAAAGGCAGUAAUGAAAGGCGCAAUUUCAUCGUUGCCGAUUUCAACCGUACUAAACUUGUCAAAGGUACAUAUAAAGACGAUCUUACAUCUCUUGUUGGACGUAUUCGUGUCAUAAAAGCCAAACCAAAUGCAAAUUACCCGCAAGAUAAAUAUGAAGCCGUUAAAUUUCCGUAA